AGUACCUCAAAUGCAGCCAGCAAUGCCUCGCCGAAGCAUAAGAAGGAGGAGCCCGCCCCGGAGAUGACGCCCCUGGAGAAAGCACUCCAGCAUGCUGGGCCGCUCCGUGAAAAUGGUAGCGACAAGUUCUUCGGCCUCGAAAAUUUUGGAAACACAUGGUAUGGCAUCUUUAAUCUGCCGAAGGAGAUUCAUGCUCACCAAAAACAGCUACUGCAACUCGAUAGUCCAGGCCUUGUAUUACUCCGAGUCGUUUCGAGACAACGUUGUCAACUACCCACCUUCGCCGCCCUCAGACACGCCCAACGGGAAUUAUAGCAAGGUGAAUGUCACAAUCCGGCCCCCGACGAUCGCGAAUGGAGCCGCGACCGCUCCUGGUAAAGGUCAGAAAGGCUUGCCUGCUGCACAGACCGCCAAGCAACGGCAAGGUCUCGCCACUGGCCUGCCUGUCCCAGGUCAACCGGUGAGACCCGAGGACAGGCCAGAUUCUCCAGAAUACAAGAAGAAGCAAGCGAUGGUCAAGGGACCAGUGCUGGAGCUGGCGCGGGAGACUGCCGAGGCCUACGGCAUGCCGGAGUGCACCUUCACUGGAUUGAAGGAUAUUUUCACAGCCCUGAUCGAGAGCGAGACCCGAACCGGCGUUCUCAGCCCACAGAGAUUCUUGGACAUCUUCAAACGCGAUAACGAGAUGUUCCGAAACUCUAUGCACCAGGAUGCCCACGAAUUCUAUGGACUGGUCCUGAACGAUGUCAUCGCAAGUGUCGAAUCCAACGCCCGGAAGAGGCAAGAGAUCGGGAACAUGAAGGAUGGUUUGGCCCAGUCGGUGCAGAGCGCAGUCGGUGCGUCGACAGCAGUCACCAAAAGUCAAGGCAGCCCCGUCGCGAGGUUACCCGGAACAGGCUGGGUGCACGACAUCUUCGAGGGAGUCCUGACUUCUGAAACGAAGUGCCUCACGUGCGAGACGACCUCACAAAGGGACGAGACAUUCCUCGACCUCUCAAUCGAUCUAGAAGAGCACUCGUCGGUGACAUCGUGCCUGAGGAAGUUCUCCGCCGAGGAGAUGCUCUGCGAAAGGAACAAGUUUCACUGCGACCAUUGCGGGGGACUUCAGGAAGCAGAAAAGCGGAUGAAGAUCAAGCAACUACCCAAGGUCCUUGCGCUUCACCUGAAGCGCUUCAAGUACACCGAAGACUACAGCCGGCUACAGAAGCUUUUCCACAGAGUUGUCUACCCCUACCACCUCCGCAUGUUCAACACUACCGACGAUGCUGAAGAUCCGGAUCGUAUGUACGAGCUCUAUGCGGUCGUUGUUCAUAUCGGCGGCAACGCCUACCACGGCCACUAUGUGUCGGUCAUCAAAACCCAAGAUCGAGGCUGGCUGCUGUUCGACGACGAAAUGGUGGAGCCCGUUGACAAACACUUUGUGCGAAACUUCUUCGGCGACAAGCCGGGCAUGGCCUGUGCGUAUGUCCUGUUCUACCAGGAGACUACCUUCGAGAAGAUGCGGGAGGAACAGGAGGCCGAAGGACUUGAGGAAGUCAAGUUGGCCAGCCAGAAGGCCGACCUCGCCCUGGGUAAUGACCAUGUGAACGGUGUUGGGGCGACGCCGCUCUCCAAGCUCAACACCCAACCCGCUCUGGCCGUGGAAGAGAACGACACCUAUGCGACCUUAAAUCAAGUCCAGACCGCACCUGCUCUCGUCCCAACCAGCCCGGUCGUCCCGAGCGAUAUCCUCAAUCCACCCCCAGAACCCCCGUCUCGCCCGGUGGUAGUGGCAGUGCCUUCAGCCCCUGCGGUGAUGACAAAGCCAGACGAACCCGCCACGGUUCCACCCAAGACGAAGGAGGAAAGAGAACGGGAGAAGAAGGAGGCCAAAGCGCAGGAGAAAGCCCGCAAGGCCGCAGAGAAGGAGCAGGCCAGAUUAGAUGCCAAGCAACGAACUGAGAGGCAGGCCCGGAUCCGCGAGGCGCACAAGAACGAAUACGAGCAGCUGCAAAAGGCACUCCAAGAGAGCAAACAGUUGGCUGCCGAGGAAGGAAAGAGAAGGAAAGAGGUGGGCGAGGAGGGGCCACCUAAUGGGAGCCAGAGCCCAGGGUUCUUGAACAGAGCUAGCAAGGGAAGCUUAAGCAAGUCGAUGGCUCGCAAGAGCUUUGGAUUCCUGGGCAAGGGCGACAAGGGCGAUAGCAAUUCAACGUCCGAGGGCGCACACCAGAACGGCAGCGCGUCAGCAGGGCCGGCCGACAAGUCCGACAAGCCCCUUAAGGAACGAUUCAGUUUCGGCCUGGGACGGAAGAAGACCGAGAAGUCGUCUUAGCGGAAUGCGGCGUUUUUGGUGUUUGGAUACCAGCUGGUGUUGAUCUAUCUCCCUUUCACCCCCUUUCCCAAGGUCUAUCCAAUUGCAAAGCCACCAGAGCCACGGGAUCACACAAAAGGGCACGCCGAAUAAAGCACGGAGUGUACGAUUGCCGGGGAGGCGUCGGGACAUCUAGCGGAGAGCGUCAGGGGUGUUGAUUGUGUAGUCUUUUAACGGGCUAUCAAAAGCGGCAGCCAAACAAUUAUUGCGGUAAGGCUUGGUUGGAUAUCUGCUGUCACCCACAUCAUCCAUAAGGCUGGGCAUUUCGAUCGGCGUCAGAGGCCUGGCGGUUGGCAUUUGCCAACUCGCAUAUAUUGUACAAUAAUUCCAGCGUUGUGGUUGACCACGAGCAUUCGACCUCGGGUUUGCAUAUCAGAAAAAAAAGGGGGAGGUUGCCACUUUCGUGGCGUCUGGUUUUGGAUAAUGCUAAUAGG